UGUUUUUAUAUGAAAAACAACAGUGGGGGGCCCCCAGUGUCAAAUUGACGAUAUAUUUUAACAUUGGGGCAUAAUAAGAAGAGAGAAAAACUAACAUGGCGUCCAUUAGGUUAUCACCGUGUGUCUAAAAGUGCAAUUGUUUAACAUUAAUAAUUGUGUUGUUCUGUGGUUUUAAUUAAUUGUUUAUUGACUUAUGCGGAUCACCGUGUCGUCAGGAACACGUCAAGGAGGCUCAGUUAUUUUAUUGAGCCAUCCACGUCGCGAUAAACACCGGUGAUCCGCGUGUGAACGGCAUCGUAAACAGUGGUUUUUUUUUUCCUUCAAUUUCUCCCUUUUAUUGUCAUUUUUUUUUUCUCCUUUUUUUUUUUUUUUUUUAAUUUUCAUUUUUAACCACAUGCAAAUUUAAUUAAACAUUUUAUAAAAAAAUUCUUAAUAAAUAAUAGAGUCAAAAAUAAUAGAAAUUUUAAAAUUGAAUUUUCAUCCUGGAUGCUGUAAAUAAUUGUGAAAUAAUUGAACUCAAUUAUCAAAAAAAAAAAAACCAUAAUAAUAAUAAUCUCAAUAAAUAAUGUGAUGAUGAAAUAAUAAUUUAUAACCAAAAGUGUUUAUGCCAUUUACGGGGUUGUUGAGCAAGUUUUACGUUUUUGGAGAAAAUAUACAUUUUUUUUUUCAUUUUUUUCUUUUACUAUCGAUAUUGACACACACACAUACACACACAUGUACAACACAUACAUAGUGUCGAAAUAAUACAACCUGGCCUCGUAAUUGAAAAGUGCAAUUUUCAUUAUUAUUAUUAUUUUAUUAUUAAUAAAAAAAAAUAAAUAAAAUAAAAACAAAUAAUAAUUAUACUAUACAUUGUUUUAUUUAGUAUUAUUGCCAAUAAAUUUGGGGAUCAUUUGUUUAAUGAUUUUUAAUAAACAAUUAUAAAUAUUUAAAUAAAUUAUAAACGUAUUAUUAUUAUAAUUAUUAUACUAUUUUAAACAACCAGUUAGUUUGAAAAAAAAAUUGUGUGUCAGAUGUGUUAAUAGGAUGACAGUGAGUUUGAUUAUUUGAUGAUAAUAAAAUGUAAAAAAAAAAUAUCAACAAUAUCAUCAACAACAACAAGUGAUAGUUGGGAUAUAAUUUUGAGUAAUAGUAUGAUUAUCUGAGGAAAGUAAAUUUAUAAGGAAAAAUAAAAUAGGAAAACAAAAAAAAAAUUUAAGUGAAAUUAAGUGAUAAAGCACAUAUGCCACCAGCCGGGCUAUCGGCAAGAGCCUUGUCAACUUUGAUGGACCACGGACAACCUGAUGCUCGUCAUCGGAGCGAGCGAUUUUUAACAUAUUCAGAAAAUGGCUCAACAUCAACGACUGAAGCAACAACAACAACAACAUUAUCAUCAUCAAGAAGAUAUCGUAAUGUUAACAGAGAUAAUAAUUGUUCCAUUGGUUACGGAUAUAAUCAGGAUCAUACACCAACAAAUAAUAUGUCUGACAGUAGUGAAACACACAGUGGUGAUAUAUCAGCUAGAACAAUAUCUCAACACACAAGUCCAUCACAUGGAACAGCAACAACAACAACUUAUUCUUCAUCAUAUUCUAAAAAUGAUGAUAAUCCAGAAAUAUUUACAGCAGCAUUUAAUUAUAUUGCUAAAAAUGAUGACGAGUUAGAAUUAUAUUGUGGUGAAGAAGUUGAAGUAUUAUCAAAAGAUUCAAAAAUAUCUGGUGAUGAUGGAUGGUGGACUGGUAAAAUACGUGGAAAAGUUGGUAUAUUUCCAUCAAAUUUUGUUGUUGAAACAGCAUGUAUUGAUAAAUUAAAACCACUAGAAAUUGAUUUUAAAGAACUUGAAUUAAAUGAAAUUAUUGGAGUUGGUGGUUUUGGAAAAGUUUACAGAGCAAUAUGGCAGGAUCAUGAAGUUGCUGUUAAAGCAGCACGUCAAGAUCCUGAAGAAGAGCCAAGUGUAACAUUAGAAAAUGUACGCCAAGAAGCAAAACUUUUUUGGUUACUUAAACAUGUUAAUAUUGUACAAUUAGAGGGUGUUUGUUUAAAAAUGCCAGAUUUAUGUCUAGUUAUGGAAUAUGCUCGUGGUGGAAGUUUAAAUAGGGUUUUAAAUGGUCGUAAAAUACGUCCUGAUGUUCUUGUUGAUUGGGCAAUUCAAAUAGCAAGAGGUAUGGAUUAUUUACACAAUAAAGCACCAAUAAGUCUUAUUCACAGAGAUUUAAAAAGUUCUAAUGUAUUAUUGAGUGAACCAAUUGAGAAUGAUGAUUUACAAUGUAAAACAUUAAAAAUAACUGAUUUUGGACUUGCACGUGAAGUUUAUAAAACAACAAGAAUGUCAACUGCUGGUACUUAUGCUUGGAUGGCACCAGAAGUUAUUAAACACAGUAUAUUUAGUAAAGCCAGUGAUGUCUGGAGCUAUGGUGUUUUACUUUGGGAACUUCUUACUGGUGAAACACCAUACAAAGGAAUUGAUGCUUUAGCUGUUGCUUAUGGUGUUGCUGUUAAUAAAUUAACAUUACCAAUUCCAUCAACUUGUCCACAACCUUGGAGUUAUUUAAUGGAAGCUUGUUGGUCAUCUGACAGUCAUCAAAGACCAGGUUUUUCCGAAAUACUUGGAUUACUUGAUGAAGUUAGAAGUGCAUUUGCUGCAACUCCUCAUGAAUCAUUUCACACAAUGCAAGAAGAUUGGCGACUUGAAAUUGAAGAAGUUCUUCAUGGAUUGCGCAUGAAAGAAAAGGCAUGUCGUUCAUUGGAAGAGGAAUUGCGUUGUCGAGAAGAAGAGCUAACAAAAGCAACAGUACAACAACGUGAAAAAGAAGAACAUUUACGAUUACGUGAGGAGGAAUUAAAAGCAAGAGAAAUGGAAUUACUUGAGCGUGAAAUAUCAGUUAUAAUAAUACAACAAAGAGGUGCAACGCCUACACCCAAUGAAAGAAUAGGAAAAUUUAAAAAAUCUAAAUUAAAACUUAACAAGAAAGAACCUGGUAGUACAAUAAGUGCACCCUCGGAUUUCAGACACACGUUGACAGUGACACAUCAACCUGUUGAUCGAGGAACAAACCGUAAUCCAUCAAGACCAACAAGUCCACCAGGAUCACCAAGUAUACCUCGACUUCGUGCAAUUGCAUUACCGGCAGACGGUGUUAAGGGUAAAACAUGGGGACCAUCGACAUUGCAUCAACGUGAACGUGGUGCAAUAAUACCACAAUCACCAAAUCCAUCAUCACCAGGUGAUAAACGUUGGUCAAGAUCAGCACCAGAUUUAGAAAAACCAUCAAAAUCACGUACAAUGAUUAUGGCAAAUGUACAUCAACGUUCAGCAGCACAUCAUCAAGAAAUAGGCCUUUCCGAGGAAAACAUCCAUACUGCGCAUUACUCAACACAGUCAUCGGAAAUACCAUCAGACUGGAUGACAACAACAGAGUAUCCAAUGAAGCCAGGUGUAACUGGUCCAUUUAUAAUGCCAAUGCCAAUACCAUUGCCAACUCUAUACAAUGGAGAAUCAAAAAAACCAAAGUUAGGACCAAUUGAAUUGUUAUUAUACAAUAUUGCUGCAAUGCUUGCUGGUUUUGCAACUGGUUUUGAUAUACGUAUGACAAAUGUAUCACCAAUACAUCCAAGAUUACAACCAAGAAGUAUUACUGCUAAUGUUAAUAAUGUACCAAUUGAAAAUGAAGAAGAACCAUCACCAAGAUGGUGGUUUCAAGCAGAUACUGGAUCAAAUCGUAACUCAGCAUAUCUAGGACCAGAUUAUGAAUUUAGUUCAACAAGUGGAUAUCCUCAUAAUACGUAUCAUGGUCCUGCAAGACAUUACAGGCCAUUUUUAAGUAAUAUGGGUGGUGUUGGAUCAGCUCUACCGUCAAAUGUCAUUGAUAAACCUUUACGUUUUACUGAUUCACCUCAACAUUAUGCUAAUAAUUGUGGUUCAAAUGUACCAACACCAAGCCCAAGAAGAAAAAGUUCAAGUACAAGUAAUGAAGAAGCUUAUUCACCAGAAACUGGAAGACUUGAAAGAAUUGAUAGAACAGAUAGAUCUGAUAGAAUUGAAAGAGUACCAAAAAUUUAUAUGGGUAAUGUACCAUCUUAUCAAGAUUAUGGACCACCAGUUUAUACCAUUGUGCCUCAAGAUUACUAUAGGCCGCAUGAUUCGGCAUAUUUUAUGACAUCUGAUUAUCAUGAUAGAAUGAUUGAAUGUCCUGAUUUUCCACAUACAUAUGACAAUCCAAGCAAUAAUAUAAAUAGAAGUGGUAAUAAUAAUAAUAAUCGUAUAUCAUCAUAUGGACAUAAUCGUACAUCAUCAAAUGUAUCAAACACAAGUACCUCAAGUCAAAAUAAUAUUAAUCCAACAUUUCAUCUUGAAGAUGAAUCAGAAUAUUUACCAUAUUCAUCAACAAAUUAUUAUCAAAGAUCAACAUCAUCAAAUUAUGGUAAUCAUGAUUAUAAUUCACCGUACCUGACACGUCAAAAUUCUCAUGAUUCAACGACAAAUGAUAGACCAAGUAAUCUUGAAGUUGUUGGACGUCUUAGAUCAAGUUUAAAAAGAUCAAAUUAUUCAUAUAAUUCAGGUAAUAAAUGUACUAGUAAAAAUAAUUCUGGUUCUGGUACACCAACAAAUCCAACACCACCAGAUUCAUUGACAUCUGAAGAUUCAAGUUAUGUAUCAGCUAAAGAUAGUCAAAUAUCAAUUAGUAGAGUUAGAUUUUCACCGGUGACAUUUGAUUCACGUGAUUUACAACGUGAACAUCGUGAUGAUAUUAUUGCUCAAGAUAAUAUAACAUCACCUAUACAAACAAAUCGAAGAAUUAGUAGAAAUCGUAAACCCAGUAUUUCUGAUCUUGAAAGAGAAUUUUUAUCAUAGCAUUGGCUUAUUUAAUUUUUUUUUUCUUUUCGAAAUAAAUUUUCUUUUUUAAUUAAAAAAAAAACACUGCCUCAGCAGAAAAGUCAAGUGGCAAAGGUGUAAUAUAUUAUAUAUCAUGCAUUUACAUUCCAUGUGGAUAAUUAAUAAUAAAUAAUAAUUUUUUUUUUUUGAAUUUUUAGUCAU